ACUUUCUCACAUUUAGUGUGUACUUAGCUUGUAGGCAAACCGAAAUGUCAGUCUGAGAUUCCGAUCUUGGUAAUGGAGUAUUUUUGGUCAAACCGUGUGACGGCAGCCGUGUGGAAUCUCUAAAUGUUGACAUACAUUCAGUUAAUCUCCGAGCAAAAAUGAAUUCACUAGAAGAUGUUGAACUUAAUCUUCCAAUGGAUACUAUGUCUAUACUUAAUAAAUUCCUUCUUGAGAAAGAAGAAAGAGAGCGAAAAGAGCAAGAUAGAAUUCUAGCCAAGACAGGAACUAGUUCUAUGUUUGAAGAAGAUUGGCAACUUAGUCAGUUUUGGUACAGUAAUAAUACCCGGACUGCUCUCGGAAAAGUUGUGAAGAAACUUUUAGGACCAGACGCACAAGUCGCUCUCCUAUCCUGUCCAUCGCUUUAUAAAACUAUCAAGGACAUGCAUGACCAUGUAAGAUUAUUUGAAUUCGAUAAAAGGUUCUCAAUAUUCGGCGAUGAUUUCAUCCACUACGAUUUCAAUGAAGCUUUUUGUGAACCCGAGUAUUUCAUUCACCAUACAGCAAUCUACGACAUAAUAAUAGCCGAUCCUCCAUUUCUUUCGGAAGAAUGUAUAACUAAAACAGCACAUAUUAUAAAAAAAUUAAUGAAACCAUGUGCAAAACUAGUUUUCUGUUCAGGGGAAAUUGUCGGGCCUUGGAUCGCGAAGUACCUUUACCUCAAGCCCUACAAUUUCCGUCCAGAACAUGAAAGAAACCUAGCUAAUGAAUUCGUUUGUUAUGCAAAUUUUAAUAUAGAUGAAUUGUUAUAA